CGACAUUAAUCCCUCCACUACAAAAAGCUCGGUGCCGCUGGUCCUGCACACGGACGCCCCACACUUGGUCGCCAGCUACUUGACGUCUCACACAGAUCGUCCUGACCCCCGCGUGAAGAGCAGCAGACAUGGCUGUCGUCAGUGGAACUUACCGCAUGGUGUCGGAGGAGGAGCAGGCUCUACGGGCCAAGCUGGAGCGCCUCACCGUCAAGGACCAUGGUCCAGUGUUCGGACCCAGCCCCAGCCUGCCAGACCACACCCGGCAGAAGGCUAAAGACGAGCUGAACGAGACGGACGAGAAGCGCGUGUCGGCGGUGAAGGAGCUGCGAGGCAUCAUGAAGGAGAAGGCGGACGCAGGGGACGAGCUGGCCAAGGGGGUGCAGGACACUUUUGGGGAGAAACCCGACAGCAUGCUGGUCCGCUUUAUCCGGGCCAGGAAGUACGACGUGCCCAGAGCCUUUGAUCUCUUGAAGGGUUACGUGCGCUUCAGGAAGGAGUACCCUGAGCUCUUCGAGAACUUGACUCCAGAGGCCGUACGCAGCACCAUCGAGGCCGGCUACCCCGGCAUCCUGCAGAGCCGAGACAAGUACGGCCGCGUGGUUCUGCUCUUCAACAUCGAGAACUGGGACUACGAGGAGAUCACUUUCGACGAGAUCCUGCGGGCCUACUGUGUCAUCCUGGAGAAACUUCUGGAGAACGAGGAGACUCAGAUCAACGGCUUCUGCAUCAUUGAGAACUUCAAGGGCUUCACCAUGCAGCAGGCAUCCGGCAUCAAACCCACAGAGCUCAAGAAGAUGGUGGACAUGCUGCAGGACUCGUUCCCGGCUCGUUUCAAAGCGGUGCACUUCAUCCACCAGCCGUGGUACUUCACCACCACCUACAACGUGGUCAAGCCCCUCAUGAAGAGCAAGCUGUUGGAGAGGGUCUUUGUGCACGGGGACGAGCUGGAAAACUACUACAAGGAGUUCGACGCCGACAUUCUUCCCUCAGAGUUUGACGGAAAGGCAGCCAAAUACGACGGCAAAGCCACGGCGGCCAAGCUGUUCGACUAAACGCUUCUUUUUGUUCAGAGUCCCAUUAAAACUCCAUAGACUGCUGAGAGUGUGAGCGAGGAUGACUUCUUUUUCUUCUUUUUUUUGGGGGGGGGUCCUGACAAAGACUAAAGCGCCUUUUGACUAACUGGACCUUGUAUUGUACCAACACUGCAUCGAGGCCACUUCAUCAGUUAACGGGUGUCCAAAGUGUGGCACAGGUACCAUUCACAGUCCGCACCCUGAUCUUUAAUGGCCUGUGCCAUCAGCGACACAAAAAACGAAAACAUAGCCCUCACCCGAAAACAUCAGGAAGCAUAAUUUGGGUCAAAAUACCACACAAAUCUGUGGUAUGCAGGCUCCAUCUCAUUGUAGGCCAAAUAAUCACCUAAUUAGGUGUUACUGUUCAAACUGUGUGUAAUGUUACAGUGGCCAAAAAUAUUAAAUAUACUUGUUAAAUAAAACCUCUGACCUGUUUUUAAUGAAUACCUAGGCCUACUACGCUACUGUGGGUCAUUUAAAGUGUUUUCUGAAGUGGUACUUUUUGAGAACCACCGGCUUAGAGCAUGUUGACGUACCAUAUUUUUCGGAGUAUAAGUCGCACCUGCCGAAAAUUCAUAAUAAAGAAGGAAAAAAACAUAUAUAAGUCGCACUGGAGUAUAAGUCGCAUUUUUUGGGGAAAUGUAUUUGAUAAAACCCAACACCAAGAAUAGACAUUUGAAAGGCAAUUUAAAAUAAAGAAUAGUGAACAACAGGCUGAAUAAGUGUACGUUAUAUGUCGCAUAAAUAACCAACUGAGAACGUGCCUGGUAUGUUAACGUAACAUAUUAUGGUAAGAGUCAUUCAAAUAACUAUAACAUAUAGAACAUGCUAUACGUUUACCAAACAAUCUGUCACCCCUAAUCGCUAAAUCCGAUUAAAUCUUAUACGUCUAGUCUCUUACGUGAAUGAGCUAAAUAAUAUUAUUUGAUAUUUUACGGUAAUGUGUUAAUAAUUUCACACAAGUCGCUCCUGAGUAUAAGUCGCACCCCCGGCCAAACUAUGAAAAAAACUGCGACUUAUAGUCCGAAGAAUACGGUACUUUAAUUGGUUUGAGCCGGCUCAAUAAGCUUUAAGGUUAAGUUUGGACCCCUCCAUUCUAGUUCUGGCAUUUUAAGGAGCCUGAUUUGCACAACAACAAAAAAAUUGGACCACUGGCCAAGUUUUCGCUACUUCCAUGGUUUAGCUUAGAACACGUGACUCGCACUCGCAAGAAUAUGAGAAUUCAAUAUGGAUCAAUUUGAACAAAUCUUUGGUUAUUUUUUAUGACUAUUAAAUAAAUAAGAUCUGUGGUGUUCCCAAGGACCACUAGAUUAACCGUGUGUACUAAUAGUGAUGCAAAAAUCCAUCCAUCCAUUCUUUUUUCUACCGCUUAUCCCUUUCGGGGUCGCAGGGGGUGCUGGAGCCUAUCUCAGCUACAAUCGGGCGGAAGGCGGUGUACACCCUGGACAAGUCGCCACCUAAAAAUCAGUCAUUUAUAAUAUCAUCCAUUCCUUUAUCAUCAAUAAACGUCAUAUUUGGUCUUGGGCUUUUUCUGGACCCCUUAAGAGCACCCACCCCCUCUAUACAGUCUAUUAUUUUGUGGUGAAAGUGUUCAAUAAGUGCCUGCUUGUGUCUGUUCUUCUACAGUUCUUCACUGCAAUACUCUCAAUAUUACUGUUACCCAUUGUGCUACCUGCUGUACCAGUUGAUGUACAAUAAAAU